GGCGCCGACGUCUCUCACACCACCAUGGCCGGAGGCUGGCUGCUGGUGAUCGUGGUGGUCGCUGCCUGCGCGCCAGCGCGCGCCGCCAUCGCCUGCCAGGGCUUCAGAAAGAACUUCUGCAACAUCGGCUGCGGCUUCCAGACGGUGCAGGAGAUGUGCUGUCGUUGCCAUGGCGAAUGCUGUCCUCCGCCGGCGGAUCACGCUAUCGCCGCAAAACUCAGUCUGGCGCCAGCAGGUCCUCCAACAUACGACGGUAGUUGUACGGAUAACACCGGCGCGUCACGACCGGCCGGCUCACACUGGUACGACAACAACGACCACCCGUGCCGCAAGUUCACCUGCGCACGCGGUGUGGUAGUGACCCUGUUCGACCACAGGGACAGGUGUCGGACGGACAGUCCGCACUGUCCGUACACCUGGCCGGCCGGCAAGUGCUGCCGCGUCUACCACUGCCCGACGACAACCCCGCCGCCGCCGACGCCGCCGGUGGUCGGCCGUCCCUGCUACGACGAGCUCAACCAGCUACACGGCGACGGGGAGGAGUGGACCAGCCCCGGCCAGCCGUGCGUGCAGUACCGCUGCGAGAACGGCCUGGUGGUGACCUCAGCUGUCGGCUGCCCGCUGCUGCCGCCCGGCUGCGUGGCCGGCGCUGUGCCGCCCGGCGAGUGCUGCCCCAGCGUCAGUUGCACCCCGCCCUCCACAGGCUGCACGUACGGCGGCAACACGUACACCACCGGCCAGCACUUCCCGGACGACCCGCUGCACCCGUGCCAGCAGAAGGUGUGCGAUCACGGCUUGGUGGUGUCUCUGGGCGCACCCCAGCACUGCGCGGAGCCGGCCUGCGCUAACCCCAUCUGGCCCGUCGGCGACUGCUGCAGGAGCUGUCCACCAGGUUCCGGUACGUCCAACCUGGAUAAGCUGAAGAACGCAGUGCAGCAGCUGGCACAGCAUUUGGGACUGGGACAGGCGCAGCUGGACCAGCUGGAGGGCAGCCUCCACCAGCUGGUCAACAGCCUGGGCGGCCUCAUACAGGGCACUGGCGGCACCACCAUCGAGUCCUUGUUGAAAAACAUCAUCUACUUGCUGAACAUCCUGGGCGUGCCCAGCCCGGGGCAUGCCAGCGGCGAUCUCAACGUGCUGCUGCAUCAGCUGCAGUAUCAGCUGGUGGCCCUGGUGGACCAGCUCGGCUCAUCUCUCACCGCCGACCAGAUUACCAACGCCAAAAUCAAAAUCAGCGAGCUCAUCGAGUGGUUGCGCUCCUACGACAGCAGCAACCCUACCGCCAGCGCCGGCACACUGCUGGCCGAUCUCACCGCGCUGUUCACUGGUCUACUCCCAGAGGCUGGUUCCGGUACGUCCAACUUGGAUAAGCUGAAGAACGCAGUGCAGCAGCUGGCACAGCAUUUGGGACUGGGACAGCCGCAGCUGGACCAGCUGGAGGGCAGCCUCCACCAGCUGGUCAACAGCCUGGGCGGCCUCAUACAGGGCACUGGCGGCACCACCAUCGAGUCCUUGUUGAAAAACAUCAUCUACUUGCUGAACAUCCUGGGCGUGCCCAGCCCGGGGCAUGCCAGCGGCGAUCUCAACGUGCUGCUGCAUCAGCUGCAGUAUCAGCUGGUGGCCCUGGUGGACCAGCUCGGCUCAUCUCUCACCGCCGACCAGAUUACCAACGCCAAAAUCAAAAUCAGCGAGCUCAUCGAGUGGUUGCGCUCCUACGACAGCAGCAACCCUACCGCCAGCGCCGGCACACUGCUGGCCGAUCUCACCGCGCUGUUCACUGGUCUACUCCCAGAGGCUGGUUCCGGUACGUCCAACUUGGAUAAGCUGAAGAACGCAGUGCAGCAGCUGGCACAGCAUUUGGGACUGGGACAGCCGCAGCUGGACCAGCUGGAGGGCAGCCUCCACCAGCUGGUCAACAGCCUGGGCGGCCUCAUACAGGGCACUGGCGGCACCACCAUCGAGUCCUUGUUGAAAAACAUCAUCUACUUGCUGAACAUCCUGGGCGUGCCCAGCCCGGGGCAUGCCAGCGGCGAUCUCAACGUGCUGCUGCAUCAGCUGCAGUAUCAGCUGGUGGCCCUGGUGGACCAGCUCGGCUCAUCUCUCACUGCCGACCAGAUUACCAACGCCAAAAUCAAAAUCAGCGAGUUCAUCGAGUGGUUGCGCUCCUACGACAGCAGCAACCCUACCGCCAGCGCCGGCACACUGCUGGCCGAUCUCGCCGCGCUGUUCACUGGUCUACUCCCAGAGGCUGGUUCCGGUACGUCCAACUUGGAUAAGCUGAAGAACGCAGUGCAGCAGCUGGCACAGCAUUUGGGACUGGGACAGCCGCAGCUGGACCAGCUGGAGGGCAGCCUCCACCAGCUGGUCAACAGCCUGGGCGGCCUCAUACAGGGCACUGGCGGCACCACCAUCGAGUCCUUGUUGAAAAACAUCAUCUACUUGCUGAACAUCCUGGGCGUGCCCAGCCCGGGGCAUGCCAGCGGCGAUCUCAACGUGCUGCUGCAUCAGCUGCAGUAUCAGCUGGUGGCCCUGGUGGACCAGCUCGGCUCAUCUCUCACCGCCGACCAGAUUACCAACGCCAAAAUCAAAAUCAGCGAGUUCAUCGAGUGGUUGCGCUCCUACGACAGCAACAACCCUACCGCCAGCGCCGGCACACUGCUGGCCGAUCUCGCCGCGCUGUUCACUGGUCUACUCCCAGAGGCUGGUUCCGGUACGUCCAACCUGGAUAAGCUGAAGAACGCAGUGCAGCAGCUGGCACAGCAUUUGGGACUGGGACAGCCGCAGCUGGACCAGCUGGAGGGCAGCCUCCACCAGCUGGUCAACAGCCUGGGCGGCCUCAUACAGGGCACUGGCGGCACCACCAUCGAGUCCUUGUUGAAAAACAUCAUCUACUUGCUGAACAUCCUGGGCGUGCCCAGCCCGGGAAAUCCCGGCGGUGGCCUCCACGCCCUGGUGAAUCAGCUGCAGUAUCAGCUGGCGGCCCUGCUGGAUCAACUCGGCCCAUCGCUCACCGACGACCAGAUCAACAACGCCAAAAUCGACAUCCGCGAGUUCAUCGAGUGGUUGCGCUCGUACGACGGCAACAACCCUUCCACCAGCGCCGGCAUACUGCUGGCCGAUCUCACCACGCUGUUCUCUGGUAUACUCCCAGAGCCUGGCUGUACGGACGCCGCCGGCACGGUGCACCAGCUGAACACGGUGUACGUGGACGACCCAUCGUCGCCGCAGUACUGCUACUUGUGCGCCAACUCGACAGCGGGCGUGGGGCCGCUGCUGGUGCUGGACAUCACCAAGAACUGCGGCGCUCCGCCGCCCGGCUGCACCAGCCGAGCGGUGCCUAACAACUGCUGCCCGGCGGUGGACUGCAGCCCGGGCGAAGCGGCCUGCCGGGACCCCAACGGCGCGCUGCACCAGCACGGCUCCACCUUCGUGGACGACCCCAUCCGGCCGUGCAUCACGUAUCGCUGCAAUGACGGCGUCAUCGAGGUGAUCGACAAGAUCACCUGCAUGGACGUGCCUGAGGGCUGCACGUCGUGGCUCAUGAACGGUCGCUGCUGUCCGAAGUCCGACUGUCCCGCAGAGGACUGCGUGUACAAGGGUCGCGAGCGGGACCACGGCACCUCGUGGCCGCAGAACCCGGCGCGGCCGUGCGUCAUCCUCACCUGCCUGAACGGUGACGUCAGCUCCCAGGAUCUGACGUCACUCUGCCCGCCGCCGCCGCAGCCGCACUGUGUCAAACGUCACGUCGCCUACCAGUGCUGCCCGGCGUACGACUGCGUCACAGUGAACUGCACCUAUAACAACGUGGUGUACACGGAGGGCCAGACGUGGCCCGAUGAUCCGGUGUAUCCCUGCAAGCGCUUCAAGUGCACCCGCUCGGGCACGGAGAAGGUGGAGGACCAGACGCCCCACUGCCGAUCGCAGCCGCACCCCCGCUGCCAGGGACACCGCAAGCCACAACAGUGCUGCAAACACUGGGAUUGCCCCCAGUGCACGCAGGACGGCACGACUCACCCGGAGGGCGACGUCUGGUGGGACAACCCGGCUCGGCGCUGCGUGAAGUACACGUGCCGCCACGGCAUCGUCCUCCAGCUGGACAACCUGCUGCCCUGCCAGGAGGUGCCCGACGGCUGCAGGCCCAACUUCAAAGGCACAGAGUGCUGCCACUUCAAGUACACCUGCCCCUUCUGCAUGUUCGACCCGCUGGGGAAUCUGAUCCAGAAGGUCGGCACGUCUCUGGGCUAGCGGCCAGGCGGCGCGGUCCCAGGCGCCUCUCCGCCCUUGCCGCGCGUCCCACCGUCACCCCACGCCCGCGAUCGGACGUCUGCUGGGCCGUGCGAUCCCCUCCUCCACGACUGGUCAAUCAAACCUGUUGUCGAUGUGCGGCGACCAAUGAUCAGUCUCUGUCGUCGACGUUCAAGCAGAUCUGGUGCGACUCUGUCAGUUAACUUCAAAGUCAUGUUGCAAGCCGUGGGAUAGUCGCCCUAACCGAUGUUAAGACCGGUUGCGUCGCCAAUUUUUGCAUAAGGCUGUUGGCAUUCCGGCAGUAGAGUGGGUUGUUUAAGAAAGCGUAUCGAUGGUGCACUACCUGAUUAAUGUGAUAUCUAUGCACUCACCUUAAAUAUGUGUGUAAUAUCAAUAACACGAUGCAUUUGGAA